CUACGACUUACGACCUCUUUAUAUAACUCCUCCGCCCCUUCAUUGGACGUUAGGACCAUGAAUCCGCUUCCGACUGAACUCUUAUCUUCCUGGUCAUUACAUUGCCGCUCUCCUCGUUCUCCCCUCACUCCUCCCUUGUCCUCCACCUUUCACCUUAGAAAAAUGCCCAUUCAGACGACCUUUCUCCCUCCAAUAUCAUAUCUCGAUAAACAUAUAUCGGAUCGACAUGUAACUGGUUUACUUCCUCUUACGCCUCCCGACGACGUGCCUCCACCACAUUAUUCUCCUUCUCCUCCACCUAAUCGUUUACCCCCAAUAGCAUCAUAUAAUGAAGAGAUGGUCGUGGAUGAAGAAGUGGCAGAUGCAAAAACUCGUCAGUUGUUCUUUGACGCGGGUGUAGCGAUGGACUGGUUGGAUUUUUCGCGGACGCGUUCGGCGCAUUUCAUCGCAGAGAAGACGUGCGAGAUGAUAUGUUAUCUCUGGUUUUCUUCACCACUAUCGUCCCCUUCGUCAUCGACAAUGUCGCGCUCGCCAACACCAAAAACACAUUGCUCACCGACUGACGUCUUUGAUCAACCCAAUUCGACUGCUUCUCUUCAAUUCUCUUUGAACCCCAUCUUUGUUCAGUUUACUCAAAAGUUACUCGAGACAACACAAGUCUCCCAGUCGGUCAUUGUCCUGUCGUUACAUUACAUCUACCGUUUGAAGGAGAGGAAUAGGUUCACGACUGCCGCGUCGGGCAGCGAGUUCAGGAUAGCAGUUGCGGGUCUCAUGAUGGCGAAUAAGUUUCUUGACGACAAUACUUACACGAACAAGACGUGGUCAGAGGUUUCUGGAAUCGAUUUGAACGAGGUCAACAGAAUGGAACGGGAAUUUCUCAUCGGAGUGGACUUCAACCUCUACGUCGACAAGGCGACGUACGAGUCUUGGCUCAACCUCCUCAAGGGUCUCGUGAUGGCGAAAGAGCGCGAUACCCGUAAUUGGAGAAGAUCCUCACAUCGCGGGGCACGCGUUAGGCAGCCAGGUGGUCACAUUACGAACACUCCUCAUCGUUACUCGACUGCGUCGUCCAGGUAUCGCCCUCAUCACGUCCCUCACCGUGCACGCUCGACCUCUCCUACGCGGAAUCUCCCGAUGCCAGUCUCUGUUCCAGUUACUACUUCCGCUGUUCCACCCCGUUAUAGUGCUGUUCCACCCCCUGUUCCUCCAUUCACGACCAUACAGCAGCCAUCUCCACCCAUCCAUGCUCCUGUUCCACGAUCAGGCAUCAAAAGAACGGCGGAAGCCGCCUUCUCGCCCACGUCGGCCACGUUCUCGGAUAUCCCAGCUAAGAGAGUUCCAAUCUGCCUUCAGAUUCCAGAAACAAGUGUUGCAGGUCCUCAUUCAUAUUCCCCUAUCGAUGUCCAGUCUUUCGCGGACAUGUCGAUCGAUUCACCAGACGUGCAGCGGCCUUUGUCGAAUGUUACUUCGUCUUCGCCAAACAAGUCUCGGGGUCCCGAAACUCUGGCCACCGCGUACGCUCUAGACGAGCAGAGACGCAAUACCGUUCCUCGGAAUCUCUACUUUUACGCCCUCGCAUGUUCUCCUAUGGACCCUCUUGAAGCCGAUCGCAGGAAAGCCCGCCUUCGUUAUCACCAACCUCCACCUCCAUCUGCGGUUACUUAUGCGUAUCCUACCCCACGCUCUGCUGCACCAUCAGUUAACGUGAUUCAUUCGGCUUCGACCAGCCCGAAUGACAUGCAUUUGACUGUCUCUGUGUCACGGCCUACACUCCCGCACUUCCACGAAACGGCAUGGACACGACCUCAGCUUACGUUUCAACAACAGCAGCAUCACCAAUAUCAGCAUCAUUCUCAUCUGCAAUCACAAACCUCCUUACCCCCUCCUCGGUAUACCCAUCACAACCACCACCACCACCACCACACACCCCCAACACAUCUGCAACAGCAACAUCGACUGCCUCCUUUGCAGACCCCAGUGCAUAUGCAGUCGCAGCCGUCACCUUUACUCACGCCACGUGAGAGUCCUGUUCAGAGCGCGCCGUUUGCGAAUGCAGGGCCGCCUGGAGUCCACGUUAAUCAUUCGGCGUCGUAUACAUCAGCAGCAUAUGUGUACCCAACGCCCAGGGCUUGGUAUAGGAGGAGUGCGUGUUGAGGUGUGUUUGAUGUUACUGCUUCGUUCUUCAGGUUUUCCGACUCUUUCUUUCAUUGAUCGCUGCGGUUUCUUGAUUUCUUGGACUGUUACUAUUCCAUCCUUUUCCACUACGCGAUACCUCACAUCUUUGCCAUCCCCGCUCGAAAAAAGUCUUCAUGCCUUUCUCAUGAUUAUGAUGCCAUGUCAAAGAUUUCAACGUUUUUCUCCAUGGGCUUCGCAUCUAUUACAACUGGACAAUACUUAUACUUACUCGUAAAUAUUCGGUGAUCCGCCUGCAUACAAUCUCGUGCAUUUUAUUUGUAGCCUCAUCCUCAUUUGCAUUCAUCAUCCCAACCUCAUUGCAUUGCAUAUACUAUACUAUACUUAUUCGACGCAUAUCCCCUUAACGCGUGCAGCUUUUUUUUUUACGAUGACCUGGUCGCCAAUCCGCCAAUUACCCAGUGUACAUUAGCCACUCGAGUUUCAUAACCAUUUUACUUCUAGGCUUCAUACCUAAUUCCCUUCCACGCUUUUCUUUUUCUUUCCUUUUUUUGGAGUAAACACUUACUCAUUUGGUUGGUUCGAAGUAAUGUAAAGAAGAACCUCCCCUCCGUCAUGCAUUCAUUCCCGUUUCCCGUCUUUAUUAUUAACGUUCUUGUGGUCGUCCACCGUCCCCAUCCGAUCCCUGCCAUAUGCCCUUACCCCCCUUGAUUAUCCAUCCAUCCAUGAUCCGUGGUUAUAAUACUCUACAGUCCUACAGUAUGUAGCUACGCGUAGUUAGUAAUUUUCCUUUACUCCCGUUCCCUAAUUUCGAAUCUCGGUGUAAAAGAUAAAAUGUAAUACAUAAGGUUGAAUUGCGAC